AUGGCUGACAAGCAGUGUGAGCGCUUCGAGCUGCACAUUUUGCACAGCAAGCUGCAGUACCCAUCCUGCGGACUAACUAAGCCGCCAUGGACAUCCGCAGACUAUCGGGCUGGGAGGAUUUUUGUUCGAGGCUUGCGCCCAGAUGCUGAUGUGAUGGUGGGAAGGUCAGUUCUGGGAGCCAAUGAACAUGUACCCAGCAUCGCUCAGAAUGCGACGAUGCUUGAUGGCGUUCAGUGGGAACCUCUGAAUAGGUCAGCUCAGUCAGCUCAUGUUGGUACGGAUGGCGUGCUGCUUUGGGACCGACCUACAGGCUUCGUUGUGGGCAUAUACGAGCCUCAACGGCCCUUCAGGCCGUUCCUGCCAGGCAUUGAAAGCAGACCAAAUAUCUAUAUCCUCACGCUGGACUCCACUUCCCGGAUGUCGUUGCAGAGACACGCACCCUUGACCUUCAAAACACUGCAACGGUUUGGAUAUACGUGGUUUCACCGCUUCAACACACUGUCCCCUGGUGGUACACGUUCCACCCUCUUCCCCUUGAUGCAUGGGGGCAUCCCUGUGAACAACUCAGAUCCAUUCUGUGGCAGUUCGAGGCAAGACUCAUUUGCUCGCAAUUUGCAUUGGGAAGAAAUCGCCCUACGGUGUACCCCUGAGCACCGUCGUUUGAUGCAUCGCUUGAAACACCAGUUCGGAUACCGUACUGGUCUUGCAGAGAUGAUGAUGGCGCGACAGUACCUGGUGCUGGAUGAAAUCGACAAUAGACUUCCAUGGUUUCCACUUUACAAUUACAAAUAUCAUGGCAAGAAAGCGGAGGAUGAACCAGUUAAUCCUGAUUUGAACUGUGUGGGGAAUCAGUUGGGGUAUUUGAGCGUCCUGGACUUUGUGGAACAGUUUUUUCUCAGUGCGCGACCAAAUGAACCACCUGGUUUCCUUUAUGCUCACCUCUCGGGCUCCCAUGAUUCGCCCAAAGGGCUGCGUUUUAUUGAUGGUCGCUUGGCGGAGCACAUCCUGCUCAUGGCACGACAGCCAAACACCGCAGUCAUAGUAAUGGCGGAUCAUGGCCGCCCAGACCAUACCUGUGACUAUCAGCGUCCAAUGCUGGCGAUAAGAAUUUCUCCGUCGUUGCAAAGGGAUUUGGCGGUCUUGAAAAGGAACACAGACAAACUGGUCACACCUUGGGAUAUUUACACAACUGUGAGAGAUCUCGCUUCGGCCGGGACCGAAGGCUUUGGCGCUGAUGAAAUCAGUGGAGAUGAACUGAUUUCUAUGCCUUUUGCUAGGCAUGACGUGCCCUAUGUCAUUCGCAAAGCUCAUUUCACCCCCAGCUCGCUGUUGCGACCUGUCCCUGAGAGGUCCUGCGAGGAAGCAGGUAUUUUGAAGGGCCACUGUGCAGUUCAAAAGAUUAGCUAUGACGCUUGGGUAUGCGGUGAUAUCUUUGACUUUGAGUACUUUACCAUCAAAGAGUUCAGAGAUGCUGUGGAUGCAGAUGUCUAUGAACGUGUUCACACGACUGGAGAACCUGGAUUGACUGCCUUCUGUGAGAACAUGGCCAAUGCCGCCCAGUGGCUGCUGGAUGACAUCAACUUUUUCUUGGAAGGGGCCGAUCCUGAGAAGAGAUGUGCUCGCUUCAGCCUGUGGAAUGUCGAACUGAUAGAGCUUGACAAGUCAGCAGCCCUAUAUAGUUUGCAGAUCGUUACCAGGGAAGGGAAUCCUAAGAGGGUCUUCCUCGCAAGGUUUGCCGACGUAGGUACUGCUGAUUUGAAUUCUGUGCAGGAUGGUGUACGUACCAUGAGCCUUCACUCAUACAGGCAAUUGACCCGCUUCAAACGCUAUGAAGCGUGCACACCUGCUAGAGUGAAUCCCGAAGUUUGCGUGUGUAGUACCACAAGCGAGUUGGAAUCCUGA